CAUGAAUGUGACAACUCUGCAGACCGAGAAUGUAAAUUUUGAUCGAAUCGAAUUUGUUGGACUGCUGCAAAGACGCCAGGUGAAAACCAAGAUUUGCUGAACAACAGGAACACAUUGCCAUGGAGGCCAAGACCGACGCACCCAUCUCACCAGCGCCCGCACCAAAUCCGCCGGCAGAAGCUGGCAAGGAGCCAAAUGCGAGCAGCAACGCGCAAGCUAACACGACCGCUGCUCCGGGAGCGCCUUCAGCUGGAGCCACUGCCGUUGCCCAGUCCACGAAUCCGGUGGCCCAGCAACAACAGCAGCAGCAGCCGGCGGUGGCCAAGAAGCCCAGUGGCGAGACAAACAACAUGCCCACGCGACAGUACCUCGACCAGACGGUGGCGCCGGUUCUGCUCCACGGAAUGCAGGCCCUGGCUCGCGAACGGCCUACGGAUCCCAUACAGUUCCUGGCCUCCUACCUACUAAAGCAUAGCAACGGGUGCGACGAGAACAACGCCGCCGUAGACAACAACUCCUAAGCCCACCACCCUACUUGCCUCCCAUUUUUCCCCCCUUCUUAGUUGUAUAAGUGAACAGUGAAUAAUUAAUAAACAUUUAAAGUUAGAAUGUAA